UCUGUUUCUCUCUGUUAUUCAGGCGUGGCUUUUGGCUUUCAUUACUCUCUUCCUUUUCCCUUUUUUCUCUCUCUGGAAGCCACCAACAUUAAUCCAUCAAUGAAAAAUGUCUGCUUUCUUCUUUUCCUAACUUCUCUUUUUCUUUUUAGAGCAAAAUUGUCUAUUUGUUUGUUUUCACAUCAGUAAUCAUGGUUGCUGCCAUUAAUCUCUGUCUUGUUUCCACCAUUUGACUGAACUCUUCGAACCAGACAACAAAGACCAAACAAUAUCAUUCAUAUCCCACACUGUUCGAUUCUCUUGUUUUCUUCACCAUAUAAAGCUUAUGGAUACGUGGGAUAAAAUGGUAAGAGAAGAACGGUAUCGAACCAAGACAGAAAACCCAUCUUUCUCUUCAUCUCUUCUCGAUGCUAUCUACCGUUCAAUCGACGAAUCCAACGGUGGUGGUAAAAGGAACGAAGACCUGAUUUUUUGCAGAGAAACCAGUUCGAUGAGGAAGAAGCAAAGCAAUAACAGUUCGUCGUCGUCGAGCUUUCAACGUGCUUGCAUGAUCGAGAAAUGGAUGGAAAAGAAAGAAAAUAAGGUUUUCGUUACACCAAAAUCCAUGGCGGAUUUUGAUGAUCCGGUGUUGUUGAACUCGAGCUCCACCUCCUCCGAUUCCAGCUACGGCGGUGGGUUUUCAUCCUCGGAGUCGGAUUCUUUUUACAGUGCGAAAUCAAGGUCGUCGUCUUCAUACCAUUGCCAUAGGCUACCCAAGCCUAUUCGGACCAGUACCAUUUCAGCACCUAAACAUGAAGUGUUCCAAAACAAUUUCCAUGGCGCCACUCAAAAGUCAAAGCAUGAAGGUAGUUUCAUAAAAACGAAAUCCAAGGCCUUGAAGAUUUACAGUGACCUAAAAAAGGUCAAGCAACCGAUAUCCCCAGGUGGUCGGCUUGCUAGCUUCCUUAACUCGUUGUUCACUUCGGGGAAUGCGAAGAAGACAAAAAUUUCAUCGUCAAAGACCGAACAGGCAACGUCAACUUGUUCUUCAGCUUCAUCGUUUUCAAGAUCUUGUUUGUCGACGACAAAAACUCCAUCUUCGAGAGGGAAUGUCGGGACAAAGAGAUCGGUCAGGUUUUGUCUUGACGAGGAUUCCAGGCCAUGUGGGGAAACUAAAAUCCUCCAUGAAAAUGAGCUUCGAACUUCCAUGAGGAAACCAGUGAACAAAGAGCUAGAGUACCGCAUCAUGGAAGAAAAUCGUAGGGUUGCUGAAGCUGCAAAGGAGCUUUACAACAGCUACCAGAAGAAGAAGAUAAAGGAAGAGUUAUAUAUGAGAGGUAUUAUCUACAAUGGCAAUGAAGUGUUAAGCGAUGAUGAAACUUCCGCCGCCGCCGCGGCCGCCAUAGCCGACGACGAUGACGACGAUAUAGCUAGUGAUGCAAGCUCGGAUCUGUUUGAAUUGGAUAAUCUGUCGGCCAUUGGCAGUAAUGAAAGGUACAGUGAAGAAUUGCCUGUGUAUGAAACAACCCAUCUCGAUACUAAUCGAGCCAUUGCUAAUGGUUUGAUCCUGUAAUAUUGUCAGUUUCAACAAUUUGGGGGGUUUUACAUCAAAAAAUUAAUAUUAAUUUCUCUUUUGGUAUAGCAUCAAAUUAAUUAUUUUC